UGAUAGGGGAGUAAAUCGGUUACGGUAAUCCUAGCUAACACGUUUAGCAAGGAACAUGAACAGCCUUCACACGUCGUGUCCAGUGAACUAGCAUAGCUACCGAAAGCAACCUCCUGUACCCUACUAUCGUCCGCGUUGGAAGCUUGGCAGAGUUUAUAAUGCAGCGCCAGCUGAAAGCAGCUUCGAAGCCUAGGGCUUUCCGCCCGGAUUGGCUACCGCAGCGGUCGCCUGGAGUCCGUCGCCAUAAACUUUGUGUGGAGGCUACCACUGGAGCGGCACCUCCGCCAAAUAAAAACUUGCCGGAGGACACUAUAACAAGGCAGUAUCGCCGAACGGUCUACGAUUUUGCAUUAUGGGCAAAGCAUCGAAAUGUAAAUCGCUAUCUCUACAACCUGACGACGAUUCCAGGGUCACGCAUCAUCCGGACGCUCAUCCAACCCAUGGGUGUUGUGCUGGCUUGGUCGGCCCUGUUCGGCUUCUACGAAACCUGCCUAGAAACGGGCAUCCUGCCCGCCUCUCUGCCCAAGCUGACCCUUAUGUCCGCGGAGCCGCAGGGCCUCACCAGCUUCGCGCUGUCGCUGCUGCUGGUCUUCCGUACCAACUCCUCGUACGGCAGGUUUGACGAGGCGCGCAAGAUCUGGGGCGGCAUCCUCAACCGCGCGCGCAACAUCGCCAACCAGGCCGUCUCCUUCACGCCCCCCGAGUCCGCAGCGGGCCGCCUGGCGGUGGCCAAGUGGACGGUGGGCUUCUGCCGCGCACUGCAGGCGCACCUGCAGGAGGAUGCCGACCUGCGCUCCGAGCUGCUGCGCGCCCAGCCGGCCUGGAGCGAGCAGGAGGUGGAGCUGCUGUGUGCCGCGCAACACAGGCCCAUCAAGGCCAUCAGCAUGCUGUCCGAGCUCACCCGCCAGCUGCCGCUCAGCCAGCUGCAGGCGCUGCAGAUGCAGGAGAACGUUACCUUCUUCUACGACGCGCUGGGCGGCUGCGAGAGGCUGCUGCGCACACCCCUGCCGCUGUCGUACACCAGGCACACCGCCCGCUUCCUGACCAUCUGGCUGGCGCUGCUGCCGCUGGGGCUGUGGGAGCGCUACCACUGGUCCAUGCUGCCCGUCAUUGCGCUGAUCGGGGUGCUGCUGCUGGGCAUCGAUGAGAUCGGCAUCACCAUCGAGGAGCCCUUCGGCAUUCUACCUCUAGACGCCAUCUGCACGCGCGCCCAGACCGACGUCAUGAGCCUGGUCAAGGAGGACGCGGACGUCGCGCAGUACGUCACUGCUGUCCUGGAGCAGCCGCCGCCGUCGGCAGCACCAGCAGCGCCGCCGCCGCCGGCGGCGUCAGCCCAGCCCAGCCCACCUCAACAGCGGCAGCCGCAGCAGCCGCCAGGGGUUGUACGGGCGGUUACGUCGUUGCUCACGAACGUCAAGGCAGGCAUUGGCCCCGUCGCGCCCGGCGCGCCGCCACCGCCGGUACGACCACCGUCACCUCGGGCGCCCUCACCCAAGGCUCGUUCGUACUCCCCUCGCGCCGGCUCGCCGGGCAAGCCCAACCCAUUCCCGCCCGCCUCCGCCGGCACAGGCAGGGCACCGCCAGCGCCGCCGCCGCCGCCGUCGCCACAACCACCCCGGGUUGCCGCCGUCCCUAGGCCUUCCAGCGCUGGCGCCUCGGCGCCGCCGGUGUCCCGAGGUGGCUACGUGAGCAAGGAUACCGGCAUGGGGCUCGCCGCUGCCGCUGCCAGGGCUGCCAAAGACCAGGACGCCUCAAUCGGCAUCGCCGCCGGCGCUGUCGGAAGCCCUGCCAGGGCCUUCACGCCGCCAGCCCUGCCCGGGAGGGCUUCCAUAACGGCUGCCGAGGGUCGGGAUGUCGGGGACUCGUCGUACUCCAGCAUCAGCAGCGGCAGCGGCGGUGAUGAAUACGGUGGCAGCAGCAGCAGCGGCAGCAGCCGAUUGGGCAGUGAUUGGCGCACUGAGCUGGCGGCUGCUUUCUCUGCGGUGGCGGCAACGUCGGCGUCAGACGAUGGGUGGUCCCGGUGGCGCCGCGGCGCUGACGUGGACGCCGACGACGCCGACAGCGAGGCGUUACGACGCUUCGGCGGCUUGGCGGGUCGUAUGGCACGUAACGCCAGCAGCGACAGCGGCAGCGACAGCGGCGGUGUCGGCGGCAGCGACCUCGCCGGCGUGGGGGUUAGGUACGGCAACGGUAACGGUGUCGGCAGGGCAAGUAAUGGCGGUGGAAGCAGCAUAGGUAGCAGGGAUAUUGCUGCGGACUCGAGCCUGCAGCGACCCAGGACGCGUCCUGACUGGCGUGACCGGCUGUGAGGGGCUGUGAGGGUACCAGGUACCUUGUCGACACGGGGAUGUGAUUCCGUGUGACAUGGUGCCGUGAGAUGUAUGCUAUUUGAGUCAUCGAGGUGUAUUACUACAAGUAGGUAGAGUAACAUUGUGGAGGUUGCAGUGUUGUUGGUUGGUUAUCUGCUGCAGUGUACGGGUAUCACAAACGUGCAUGUACUAUAUGUAUGCUUGGUGGGAAAGGCACGAAGGUAAGGCUCGAGUUUUGUCGCAGCAAGAGCUGUGGCAGCGCAGUUGCGGCAGGUGAUCACGUGUUGGCAUUUAAGACCUUUUAGAGGGAAUGGGUAUGCGACCAUGCGUCCUGCGCAGAGGAAGAUAGCGCCCUGGAAUGGACGCGCAUCGAAGCUUCGUAGACCUUUUCAUUUAAUGCUGGGGUCGUUAAUUAACGACAAACGGACAUUCGUACUCGUACUCGCAAGCUGCUAGAGGUCGUAACAAGUGCUGAAACUUGUCGUACUCCCCAGGGUCCCCAUGCCCUCAUGCUCGGCCCGAUGUGAUGGUGCAGUGUGUGGUGAGGCGUUUACGGAUUGCAUAGUUGGGAUGAGGCCAACAGGGUGUAAGGGCAAGGAGCUGGGACGUCGCGAGGCAAAGGGCGGCACAGCAGGUCACCGGCAUACUGGUGUGUGUACCGGUAGCUGUAUCUGUACGUCAGAUGCGGGUUCGGACGUAGCUCCCGAAAGUUAUUGUGGCUAUACCGGUAUCCAGUGUUGGUUUCUGCCUCUCGCCGGAGGUAACGGAUGGGUCUUAAAGCUUGGUCCUGCUGCCUACUGGAAAAUGGUUAUUUGAUGCCUGCCUUAGUGACUCGUGACAUUGCCACCCUGGACCAUUACACGGUAACACCUAAAUUCUCUCUCGAACCAAAUAACAAGUCGUGCCGGGAGAAGUCAACUGAAGAAGGGGGAAUAAAACACCUGGGC